AAAGGACAAAUCUGUCCCCUUCCUUCUAUUUCCUCCCCUCCCCCCCCCCCACCCUCAAACGACCUUCUUUCAACAAAGAACACAAUCAAAUAACGGUUCGACAAGGGAGCUAGCAUCAUCGUCAGGAAUAGUCGACUUUGCGCUCCCUGGGAUAACUGUGGUAUUGGCACAAUGAUCGAGAUCCUCUAAAUCAAAGACCAAACGCUUAGGGACGAGAAGCCGAUCAUGGAGGGACUCUUUACACUGCUCGCAUUGGGCAUUGUGAUGGCAGUGACGUCCUUUGUUGUGGGAUCCUUGCCCCUUGCCUUCACACUGUCCCCUUCGCAGCUCAGAUUGAUUUCCUCCAUUGGCAUGGGUGUGUUGGUCGGCACAUCCUUGAUUGUUAUUAUUCCAGAGGGCGUCGAAACUCUAUACAGCGCGACCGCUGCGCCCAAAUCACACAAAGAAAUUAGCGCCCGCUCGGCCGUCAACUGGCCGCGCAACGAUAUCCCCGCCGUCGCGGACCCUCGAAUUCACAAUGUACCGCAAGUCCGCGACUUAUCCGACUCGACUCUACACGCUUCCGAGGAAGAAUAUGGUCUGCCUCCUACGGUGCGCGUGACCCGCGACACCUACGAAAGAAAAGAAGAAUCAUCGUCGAGCGAUCAGACAGAGGAGGGCCAUGAGGACGAAGAGCGCUCGCCCCAUGCCUGGAUUGGAAUCGCGCUCAUUAGCGGUUUCAUCUUGAUGUAUCUUAUCGACAAGCUCCCCGAGUUCGCCGCCUCGUCCAAAUCAGAACGAACACCGUAUCACAUUUCUUUGGACAAUUUGGGGUCUGGACUACGGCGCAACUCCUCGCCCUCCCGGGAAGGGGGGCUCCUUAACGCUGGGAACGUGCCUAGAAGCAGCCACAGCUUUGCCACGACCACGGGUCUGGUUAUCCAUGCCGCAGCAGACGGUAUUGCCCUGGGGGCCUCCAGUUCCGAUACGGGCCUCAGUUUCAUCAUCUUCCUCGCCAUCAUGGUCCACAAGGCCCCGGCAUCCUUCGGUCUCACAUCCGUUCUACUGAAACAGGGCAUCUCCAGCCGUGCUGCGAGGGCACAUCUGUUGGUGUUCAGCCUGGCAGCCCCCGUGGGUGCCUUGGUGACCUUCCUCUUUGUCCACAUCAUGGGUGGAGGGUCGGAUAGUGACGAGACCGGCACGCACUGGCGGACUGGCAUCCUUUUACUAUUUUCGGCCGGCACCUUCCUGUACGUUGCUAUGCAUACGAUGCAGGAAAACAGCCCCAACUCGGGAUCCCGAGAGAUCCAGGUCAAUGGAUACGGCGAUCCUCGGGAUAUACCCGACAAGUCCGACAAGUCAAUGCGAGACCUGAUCGCCUCGGUGAUUGGCAUGACGCUGCCGCUCUUUCUGCAGAUCGGCCAUGCCCAUUGAGCCUUAGACCGCUCCCUCACAUCUCAUCCCAUUCUCUGUCCUUAUACGUCAACCUCGUCCGACAUGGGCAGAGGUCAUCACGCGGAAGCAGAACCGGGAGGUUAGCGCCAAGGUUUCUCUUGAUUCAACCUUCCGGAGCUCUCGCCUUAUACCCGAGACUCAUAUGGUGCAAUCUAUACUUUUUUUUAUUGUUGCGUGGAUCCGUUCCAAGGUAGUCAUUUGACGUCUGAACCUGGUCAUCGAUU